AAACAAAACAACUGAACAGAAACUAAAAGCUGCGCAUUUGAAGCCAAUCAAGUGCUUACAUAAUCUAAUCAACAGCUCACACUUCACGUCAUGAAUUUCGCCGGCAAAGUUGUGCUCAUCACAGGAGCCAGUUCCGGCAUUGGCGCUGCCACAGCAGUGAAGUUUGCCAAAUACGGCGCUUGCUUAGCUCUCAAUGGACGCAAUGCAGAGAAUCUGAAGCAGGUGGCGGAACAAUGCAGUGCAGUUGGUGGCGCAGCACCAACGCUUGUUGUUGGAGACAUCAGCAAGGAAGCGGAUACGGAUCGUGUAUGGCAGCAAACACUCCAGAAAUAUGGGAAGCUAGAUGUUCUAGUCAACAAUGCGGGCAUUCUGGAGUCGGGAACCAUUGAGAACACCAGUCUGGAGCAAUACGACCGUGUGAUGAACACCAAUUUACGUGCCAUCUACCAACUGACAAUGCUCGCCACACCAGAGCUGAUCAAGACCAAGGGAAACAUUGUCAAUGUAUCCAGUGUGAAUGGGAUUCGCUCCUUUCCCGGCGUGCUCGCCUAUAACAUCUCCAAAAUGGGCGUCGAUCAGCUGACACGCUGCGUCGCCCUGGAGCUGGCAGCUAAAGGUGUGCGUGCCAAUUGCGUGAAUCCCGGCGUGACGGUCACAAAUCUCCACAAGCGUGGCGGCAUGGAUGAAGUGACGUACCAAAAGUUCCUAGAGCACUCGAAAACCACACAUGCCUUGGGUCGACCCGGCACCACAGAAGAGGUGGCGAAUGCCAUUGCGUUUUUGGCCAGCGAUUUGGCUAGCUUCACCACGGGUGUCAGCCUGGCUGUGGAUGGCGGCCGCCAUGCCAUGUGCCCGCGUUAAUCAUAUUCAAGGAGUGCACCGAAAUUCAGAAUUUAUGCAUUUAUUUUGUGACUGUCAAAUAAAGAUGUUUUCAAGUAAA